AUGGCCGGUCACGUGUGUUAUGUUGUGCCUCCCCACCUGCUCAAGGCCAUCGCCGACGCCGAGUGCAACAGCGAGCAUGAGCGUCAUGCCGCGAGACAGGCUCUGGACCUCCGUGAGCUGUUCACCACCCGCCGCGCAGAACGUCUUGCCAUCCUCGGUGGCCCCCGUGCCCAGCGUCACCAACUUUCCUCCCGCUCCCGCCCCUCCAUUGUUCCCGAUAUCUUGCUCCAGCAUAUCGCCGAUUCAACGGAUGUUGACGACGACACCAGAGCCUGCGCCAAGAGGGAUCUCGACCACAUCCGAGGCGUUCAGCAAAAGGUCCAGCAGGUCCAGCAGGGUCAAGCCGAGGGUUUCCAGGACCAAGUCACCCUCGCUGCCACCACCGGCAAAAAAGACCCAAAGGCCGACAAGUUCUACCGGGCUGUUUAUGACGCCAAAAACACCGAGAACGAAAGCAAAUUACCUGGUGACGUGGUUCGUGUAGAGGGCCAGAAAGCCGUGGAUGACAAAGCAGUCAACGAUGCGUUUGACAAUAUCGGUGAGGUACUGAAGAUGUAUAAGGAGAAGUUCAGCUGGACCUCCAUCGACAACAAGAAUAUGCAUGUCAUCAGUUCCGUCCAUUUCGGCCAAAAGUAUGAGAACGCAUUCUGGGACCCAGAGCGGAUGCAGAUGGUGUUCGGAGAUGGCGGGGAGUUCCUGAACAACUUUACCGGAACCAUCGACGUCAUCGGCCACGAACUCACCCAUGCUGUGACGGAGCACACCAGCCCUCUCGACUACCAAGGAAUGAGCGGAGCUCUCAACGAGCACGUUUCCGACGUAUUCGGCAUCAUCGUCAAGCAGAUUGUCGAAAAGGAGACUGCUGAGGAUGCCGACUGGCUCAUUGGUGAAGGCUGCAUCAUGCCCGGUGUCAAGGGCGUUGCUCUUCGAAGCAUGAAGGAGCCUGGUACUGCGUACGACGACCCGCGAUUCGGAAAGGAUCCUCAACCGGCCAAUUUCAAGGACUACGUCCCGACCUUUGAGGACAACGGUGGCGUCCACAUCUAUUCGGGCAUUCCGAACAGGGCUUUCUAUCUUGUGGCCAAGGCCUUUGGCGGCUUCUCGUAUGAGAAGGCUGGUCCCAUCUGGUGGAAGACCAUGAACUCGGGUCGUGUUCCUACCAAAUGUACGUUUAUCCAGUUUGCCGACGUGACGACGGAGGUCGCGGAGGAAUUGUUCGGAGAUGAGGCGGGCAAAAUUGUGAGGGACGCCUGGAACGAGGUGGGUGUGACGAGAAAGGGCAAUUAG